AUGUUACCAGACAAUGUUUUAACAUUGAAAGGUGAUGAGUUUUACAAAUUUGUACAAUCUGUAGCUGGGGAACCAUUAUAUGAUAUUCUUAAAAUUCAGUCUAUCAAUUCAACACAAUCAUUGUUGGAUACGGAUGAUAUAUUUGAAAUAUUUAAAUAUGAUUCACCUGAUUUAAUUGAAAUUAAAAAGAAACAAACAUUAAUAAAUAAUAGCAAUGAUAGUAAUAAUAAUCCAAGACAAAUGUCUAAUGAACUAUUAAAUAAUAACCCUUUGUUAAAAUCGCUAAUUAAUUGGUCAAAAAAUAAUUAUCAAUAUAGUGAUUCUGUUAAACGUUUCGCCCUAUUAUUAUAUAUAUUAGGUGGAAAAUUGACAUAUGAAUUAGUACGAAUAAAUUUAGUUGGUGCUCUGCCACAUUUAACAACAUUAAAUAAAUUAAUAUCAAGUACAUGUCUUAGUAUAAGAGAAUGUGAAUUUCAAUUUGAUAAUUGA